AUCCAAAUCUAGAUGACAAAUACAAAAACCAAUUUUUAGGAAUGACUAACAAAGUGGGAUAACUUUGUUUUCAAGUGCUAAAAACCAUAUUAACACUAAAGAUAAUUUACUAGAUUAGAGAGGAUGACACAAAGAACAUCUAGGGAAGUGAGAAAGAAACCUCCCUUAAAGCAAAACAACCCAACUUUAGAACCUCAGAAAAUCCCAGUGUAAUUCCUAUCUGUCUUCAAGACCCAAGCAAAGAAUAACAACAACAAAAUUAAAAAUAAAUAAGUAUAAAUAACCAAAUAAAAAUAAAUAAAUAAUAUUUCUUAGAUUAGGACCAUAUUGUAAUUGCCUAUAAAAAUAACCACAAAAAAGCUAAAGUUUUGCAGUCUAUGUAUUGGAGACUGGAAACAUAACCCCACGCCCCAUUCUCUCUCCUCUUAUGUUUAAUCAUAAAUCAAAAUCAUAAUGUUUAGAUUUCAUAAAAACUUUAUAUUAUAAAUUAAAUUUAAUUAAAAUAUAACAUGUUUUGAUCAUAACACCCCAUUGUAUUAAUACCUCCAACCCAUCUCCACAUGGGUUAUUCAACAAUAAAAACCCAACCCAAUUUUUCAUUGGAUUCAUACCAUUUUUAAUCAACCCAACUCAAAUUUUCUCUCUCUAAAUUUCUCUCUCCUAAAACCAAGAAAGUAGUGCAGUUAUUAUAGAGUACAGAAGCAGUAGAAUAGAAGCAAGUAUUCAUUUUGUUUGUCAUUUUAGCCAUUCUAAACCUUGGAAAUAGUGUUUUAAAGAUUGUCAUUAAAACCCCAAAAAAAUUAAAUUUAUAUUACCCAAAAUAUAAAAAUUUAUAUUACCCAAAAUAUACAUUUUCUUGGGUAUAUAUUUAUAUACUAUUUCCUAGUGUCAUAUAUUAUGAAAUAUGGUUGUAGAACCAAAGAGAAAUAAACAAGGAAGCCAAGAAGAAGAAGAAAAGGAAGGUUUUUUGUACCAUUCUACAAGAAGAAGACAACAUAAAUGUGGACAAAAUAUGAGAAAAAGCAAAGAUUAUAGUAAUAUUUCUUCAAUGGGUGCUAUGGAAUUUAGUUGCUGUUUGUUGAAGAUUUCCUCAAUCAUUCCCAUUGUUGGUGUAAUUUUGCUACUUGUUUGUUCUUCUCUGAUUUCCCCUGUUUUAUCGACCUCGGAAACCGGCAUUGCCAAUGAUAAACCAAGAAAUGAUACUCAGAGUUUUCGCCCUGGUGAUGAAGCUCAGAAGUUAAAAAGAGUCAGACAACAUCUUAAGAGGAUCAACAAAACUCCUCUUAAAACUAUUCAAAGUGUAGAUGGGGAUCUUAUAGAUUGUGUAAUAGCACAUCAACAACCAGCAUUUGAUCAUCCUAUGUUAAGAGGUCAAAAGCCAUUGGAACCACCAGAGAGGCCAAAAGGACAUGAAAGAGAAGGAAAAAUAUAUGAAGAAAGUUUCCAAUUAUGGCAUGUAACAGGUGAAGCAUGUCCAGAUGGAACAAUUCCAAUUAGAAGAACAAAUGAAGAAGAAGUGAUGAGAGUUAGCUCUGUUAGAAGAUUUGGAAGAAAACCCAGAAAAUUUGUUAGAAGAGAUUCUACUGGCUCUGACCAUGAGCAUGCAGUGGGAUAUGUAUCUGGACAACAAUAUUAUGGAGCAAAAGCAAGCAUAAAUGUGUGGUCGCCUAGAGUGGCAAACCCCUAUGAAUUUAGCCUAUCACAAAUGUGGGUCAUUUCUGGUUCAUUUGGUGAUGAUCUUAAUACAAUUGAAGCAGGUUGGCAGGUUAGCCCGGAGCUCUAUGGUGAUAAUUAUCCUAGGUUCUUUACUUAUUGGACGAGCGAUGCGUACCAAGCCACCGGAUGCUACAACUUGUUAUGCUCAGGCUUUGUUCAAACUAAUAGUAAGAUUGCUAUUGGAGCUGCAAUCUCACCAACAUCGUCAUACAAAGGAGGACAAUUUGACAUUAGCUUGCUAAUAUGGAAGGAUCCUAAGCACGGAAAUUGGUGGCUCGAAUUCGGAUCCGGAGUCUUAGUCGGGUAUUGGCCCUCAUUUUUGUUCACCCACCUAAGAGACCAUGCAAGUAUGGUACAAUUUGGAGGGGAAAUAGUGAAUUCAAAGACAGGAGGUUUCCACACUUCAACUCAAAUGGGAAGUGGUCAUUUUUCAGGGGAAGGCUUUGGAAAAGCUUCCUAUUUUCGGAAUUUGCAAAUAGUAGAUUGGGGUAAUAGUUUAAUUCCAUUAUCCAACCUCAAAGUUUUGGCUGAUCAUCCAAAUUGUUAUGAUAUUAGAGGUGGUAUUAAUAAUGUUUGGGGUAAUUAUUUUUAUUAUGGAGGGCCUGGAAGAAAUGUUAGAUGUCCCUAGCAAAAUUUUCAAUCACAUAUAUUUUAUUUUUUUGGGUGCCUUUAUCUUGGGGUUUGGUCAAAAUUGUGCAUGGGGUUUGGGCUAUUCUAUAGUUUUUUUUUUUUUUUUUUCUUUUUUUUAAGAAAAGUUUUGGUUCUUAAUUAGGUUAAUAGGUGAUCCAUUAAUCACACUGCUUUUAGGAAGCAUUUGUAUAAAUUUUAUUGCGGAAAGGAAAAAAAGUGAAUAUAAUAUGGUUUGUCUUUUAUUUCUCCUCUUUGUUCCCUCUUUUCUUUUUUGUUUGCUUGAUAUACGAAGUAUAUAAAAUUCUUCUUUUUUUUUCUUAAAAAAAUCUAAUUAUAAACGGAAAUAAAACUAACACGUAGAACAUAUUUUAGUGGUACAGGAUGACACGUAAUUUUUUUAGCUAGGUGGAGCAAGAAAAAUGUAGUGAUGAUUUCGGUUUUUGGUUUUUCAAAUCUUAAAACCGAAACCAAACCAUAUUAAUUCAGUUUUGGGAUUCCUCAAAUCGCAUUGACCCACAUUAGAAAAAACACACAC